CCACUGCACCAAGGCUUGUGCCAGGGCCUGUGCCAGACAAUUCACCGAUUUCGAGUGAUGUUCCCGAAGUAGCUCCUACCGCUGGUGGUUAUAGUGAUUUCAUUAUAGCACUCGCUUUGUCUGCUGGUGUGUGUGUUUUGUUCGUCGGUUUGAUCUAUAUAAUGUAGCUGAGUUGCUGUUCAAAUGAAACUCACACCACAAACAAUCGUCAUUAACAUAUUAUUACCGUAAAUCUGUUCACCUAUAUAUCAUUUUGAAACGUUAAUUUCUUAAUUUGAGCAUCAAUAUUCAUUCAUGAUUAAUGAAAAACAGUUUUAUUCGGAG